AUGUGGCUGGAGGCAGUGAGCGAGGGAGGUGGGGACCCACCAUCCCUGGAAACAGCCAUCCAGCAUGCCCUGGCAGGCCUCUAUCCUCCUUUUGAGGCUACAGCUCCCACUAUCCUGGGUCAGGUGUUCCGGCUCCUGGACUCUGACUUCCAGGGUGAUGGGCUGAGCUUCCUCCUGGAUUUCCUGAUCCCUGCCAAGCGCUUGUGUGAGCAAGUGCGUGAAGCAGCCUGCGCCCCCUACUCACACUGCCUCUUCCUGCACGAGGGCUGGCCGCUCUGUCUGCGGGAUGAGGUCGUAGUCCACUUGGCACCUCUCAAUUCCCUCUUACUGCGCCAGGGUGACUUCUUCCUCCAAGUUGAGCCCCAGGAGGAGCAGUCUGUCUGCAUCAUGAUCAAAUGCCUCUCCUUAGACCUCCGCACAGUGGACAAGAAGCCUGUUCCCGAAUCAUCCUACCCUAUACUUUUCACCCAAGAAUGGCUGGAGGCCUUCAAUAGUGACUAUGAGGGGAGUCCCCUACACAACUGCCUGGUAGCUUCAGAAAAUGGGAUUGCUUCUGUGCCUUGGACCAAGAUAACCAGCCCAGAGUUUGUGGAUGACAGAUCCCAAGCUGUGAAUGUCCUCUCCGCAGCCUGGGAGUCCCUUCAAUUAGAAGCACUUGAUUUGAGUAGCCCUCAAGAGCUGCACCAGGCCAGGACCUCAGGCAACCAGGUGUUUCUAGUCCAGAGUUUGGCCAAGGGUAAGGGCAACACAUAUAGGAACAAGUAUCCGGGACUCAUCAAGGUGGAGCAAGCCAGGCCUGGGGAGGUGGCCUUCGGGAUGGAUGAUGUGGUCACCCAGGACUUGGAGGGAGACUAUGUGGCCCUCCUGGACUUUCCCCAAGAGACCAGAGGAGAGUUUCUCAGUAGAGAGGUAGAGACAUCCACUGGGUGUACUUUGGGGGCACUAAUGGAGCUGUCCGGAACUAAAGAAAUUCCUCUCUCUCAAAAGAUGCUGCCUCUCUCUGAGGCCAAUGGAGAACCUUCCUUGGAAAAAUGGUCUUGUGCAAAGCCAGCAAGCUCGGAGGAGGAGCCCUGCAUAUUUGGCUUGAGGAGAAAGGUCAACCAUAAAGCACCCACCCGCGACUCAGAACGGCAGCCCCACGGGCCCUAUGUCAAUGUCCUUGAGGACUUACUGGACUGUGACUCUGGCCUGGGGACAGGUGUCUCAGAAGAGCCAGCUGCUUCCAAGAUGCAGGGACCUCUGGGAAACUCAGAGAAUAUGCUCCAGCUCAGGCCUGGACCAAGACAAUCUUCUUCUCCCCGCCUGGCCCCCGCUAUUCCUGCAGCCCCAGCCUCUGAAACAAAGAUGGAGGAGAAGACCAAACAAGGAAUCGGGAGACUUUCCAAGCCCAAGGCACACCCGAGUGAAAACUCCUCCUCUUCUGGGUCCCCCACUCCUGGGCUCAAAUUCUCAUUCUUGAAGGGGCAGAGACAAUCCCCUAUGCCCCUGGAGAAAGCCGCACUCCAGCAUGACGGGCCUUGGAAAGUCCUCUGUUCAUUCUACUCUCCUAAACCCAACCGAGCCAGAUCCUUGGGGAAAGCUGGAAAGACUCAGACCAAAACAUCUGGCCCAGCUGCUGAGUCAGGCCCACUGACUGGGGAAAAGGCUGGUUUCCCAGAAGCUCCUGCAGACCCCCCAGAAAGAGACUCCACCCUGGACGAGGACCCUCCAGGGCCUGAGCGCAGUGUUGGGGCUCUGGGUGUUGAGCUUCUCCACUCCAGGAUAGCAUGCCUGCCAGGUUGUCGGGACAGAGCGGGGCGGCCACUGCUUCUGGUGUCAACCACCAAGGGAGACUGGGAAGCACCAUGGUGCACGGUCUCAGAGGUCACCAGGCUGCUCUCCUACCUCUGUGCCAUCCCCAGGCCUGAAGAUAAAGCCAAAGGGCUGGCAGUCGUGAUUGAUGCCAGGAAACAUCCCCCACAGCCUAGCCUGGUCAGUGCCCUGCAGGCCGCUCAGGCUCUGGUCCCAGCCUCCUUCCGAGCUGUCCUCUUCCUGGGGGAGAAGGAGGAUGCUCUCCAGGUGCAGACCUUACCUGACAUCCAGGUGGAGGUGCUGACCUCAUUGAAGGCCCUCAGCCACCAUGUGGACCCCAGCCAGCUGCCCCCAGACCUGGAAGGCUCCUUGCCCUACUGCCACAGCGAGUGGGUGCAGUUCUUCCAGAAGGUAGACCCUUUCCUUGCUGACCUCCGCCAGGCCUCCUCCCUGCUACAGGCUUCCAUCGAGGAGUUCAAGAAGGCGGACCACCUCCCUGGCAGUGUACAGGAAGCCUCCAGGUGCCUGAGCAAGUCCAAGGAGCUGAUGGAGGCUGUGCUGAGGGACCCAGGCCUGCUGGGCCUCCAGCGAGAAGGUGGAGCCACCCUGGCCAGGCUGCGGAGGGAGGCCAGAAGGCUGGACUUCAACCCUGAUGUCAGGAGCCAUCUGGCUGAUGCUGCUGCCCUGUACAGCCUUGUGGACGAGCAGCUUCAUGUUCUGGUCACCGCGUCCAACCACCUCCUGGGGAGGCUGGAGCUCCGUGUCCGCCUGGGCCACCUAGAAGCCGCCAUCCACCAGGUCAGCGACUGGAUGGAGCAGGAAGGAAGCCAGUGCCUGCAAGCGCUGACCCCCCAGGAUGGAAGCUUGGAGACGGUGGAAAAAGCCCACGCAGAGUUUGAGGACUUCUUCCUUCAGGCUGCAGCCCAGUACCGCCGAGGUCUGGAGCUGUCCAAGCAGGCGGCCCAGCUGGGAGCUGCAGCCGGAGGGGCCGGUGAGGCGGGAGGAGCCGAGUUCCCGGGGCUGGUGGCCUUCGCCUCCACCCAGCGGGCCUUCCAGGCAAGGCUAACCCACUUCUACAUGGCGGCUGAGCGGCAACGCACAGACCUUGAGACGCUGCUCCACCUGCACCGCUUCUGCAAGAAGAUGACCUGGUUCCACAUGGACUGUCAGGACCUGAUGACCCAGCUCAGGCUGGGCAAAGCCCAAAGGGCCAGCCCUGGGGACCUGCGCCGCCUCCAUCGCUACCUGCAGCGACUGGCAUCUGAGUUCCCUGCUGAGAAGCUCACAGCCAUGGGGCUGCAAGUGGCCUCCCUGAGCCAGGCAGGUCUGGGCCAAGAUCUGUGGGAGGAGGCCCAGGAAAGGCAUGAGGAGAUCCAGACCCUCCUGAAGAAGGCGCUGGCCCACUGUCAGCCCCCAGUGGCUCCCCCUGCCCACUUGGCACACCUGGAACUAAGAGGGGCAGCUGCCAAGGCCCAGGGUCUGAACGGAGAACCCACUUCCAGGGGGAGGUGGGAUCUGCCCCUGCAGGACCCACUGGGCCUGGAUCUCUUGCCAAAAUCCUGUUGGCUUCCUCGGGCCCCCAGAGGGGGAAAGAACAGGAAUUUCCAGGCAGGCCCUCCUUCAUUAGCGGCCGACGAAGGCAAAGGCCCCCACGAGCUCCCUGCCCCUGCCCCUGCCCCUGAGUGUUUUCUUGCCACCCUCUUCUCCUGGCAGCGACUUCCCAGGCAGAACAAGGUCCCCCACCCCACGGGGGACAGCUUCUCCUCUGAGGGGACAGACUCACAGACAUCUCUGGAGGACUCACCCCAGACAAGUCCCCGUGCAUCCCUCUAG